GGAGGAGCAGAAGAAGGAGCGAACUGGUUUUAUUGUGAAGGUCCCGGGCUGGCUGUAGGACUGGCGGUUGAUCAGACUGAACUGAUUUAACUAGUAGUCUGUCGGAACCGGUGCCGCUGAGUCUGACGUUGACGGUAAAGUUCAGCGGAGCAGGAGUCGCCGUCUGAAGAAGCUGAAAGUCAAAACUGGUCCAAGACUUACAGACAAGAUGGCCCCGACUCUGGAUAUUGAGAAACUGCGGCUCGGGGACUUGAUUGAAAUUUCCCGUGGCACGUACCAGCACUGGGCUGUGUACGUUGGCAAUGGCUACGUUGUUCACUUGGCACCACCCUGUGAGGGCCCGGGUGGAGGCUCCAGCAGUGUGAUGUCCGUCCUCGCUGACAGCGCCAUGGUGAAGAAAGAGUUCCUGUGGAACGUAGUGGGAGAAGACGAAUGGCAAGUAAACAACGGCCUGGACCGAGAGCACAGUCCCCGUCUGGGUUUUGUCAUUGCGAAUGAGGCCAUGGGAUGGGUGGGCAGGUCGGUGCCAUACUCCAUCUUCAGCGGGAACUGUGAGCACUUUGUCAACAACCUACGCUACGGCAAAAACGUGUCCGGUCAGGUGACUCAAGCAACAAAUGCUGCCAUAGGCUUGGGUGCGGCCGGACUCGUGGUCUUCGGCGUCCUGGCUUUGGCAAGAGGCAUCGGAAGGGAGAACAGAAACAAAGAGUGAUGAGUCACAAGUCACCUGUUCGGAAUCAGUGCCUUGAUAAACACAUCACCAGCAAAGUCUAACUGGCCCUAAUUAUAAUCAAACUAGAGAACGGAUUACUUUUUUCACCUUGUUAUCUUAACUUUACAUAAAUUUGUCACUAACACUUUUUGUAAGGUUUGAUGCAAGGCUGUUUGGUUUUGGUCUCUGUAUUUUUUAAACAUUUCUAACAUUUAACAUUUCACUUAAUAAUAUGCCAAGAUGAAAUGUUUACAUUUUUUAAUAAGACAAUUUGAAAAUGACUUUAGAUAGUUGAGGGGGAUUUGUAAGAAUGGGAAUCUUUUCUACAGAUUACGGUUGUUGUUUUUUAAAUUCUUUUUUUCAAACUUUUAAACAAGAGCUUUGCUGAAAGUUGCUCAUGAAGAAGUUAUAGAGGGUAUUAAAUCUAAAUGUGAACGAUGUUUGCUGAAGAAGAAUAUAUAACAAACAAUGAAGUUGUUAACACGUCUCACAGGAAGGGCACUUUAAUGUCAUGUCACAUCACAUUGUACUAAAUUUGUCAUCUUCUGAUGAUUAAAGAGGAAAAAUCAUUUGUGCGAA